CGGGAGACCGGGUUGGGCGUCGGACUUGCGUGCGCUCCGAGGGUCUGGCUGGCCGCCCUCGCGUGCCCCUUCCGUGAGCCACGCCCCGCACACGCUAAACGGGCACGGACCCGGACCUGGGCGGGCGCGGCGCCGCAGCCCGGGCCAUGGGCAGCUUCCAGCUGGAAGACUUCGGGGCUGGCUGGAUCGGAGGCGCGGCCAGUGUCAUUGUCGGUCACCCCCUGGACACGGUCAAGACUCGCCUGCAGGCCGGCGUCGGCUAUGGAAACACCCUCACCUGCAUCCGCACGGUGUACAGGAAGGAGAGCGUGUUCGGCUUCUUCAAGGGCAUGUCCUUCCCCCUGGCCAGCAUCGCCGUCUACAACUCCGUGGUGUUUGGAGUCUUCAGCAACACGCAGAGGUUCCUCAGCCAGCACCAGAGCAGGGAGCCUGAGGCCGGCCCACCCCACACCCUGUCGAGCCUGCUCCUGGCCAGUGUGGCGGCCGGUGUGGUGUCCGUCGGACUGGGCACGCCUGUGGACCUCAUCAAGAUCCGCCUGCAGAUGCAAACACAGCCGUUUCGGGAAACUAACCUCAGUGUGAAGCCCAGGGCUGUGGCUCUCGGGGAGCGGCCAGCCUACCAGGGGCCUGUGCAUUGCAUCGCCACCAUCGUGCGGACGGAGGGCCUGGCGGGGCUAUACCGAGGUGCCAGCGCUAUGCUGCUGAGGGACGUCCCGGGCUACUGCCUCUACUUUAUCCCCUAUGUGUUCGUGAGCGACUGGAUCACGCCUGAGGCCUGUUCGGACCCCAGCCCCUAUACCGUGUGGCUGGCAGGUGGCACAGCAGGAGCAAUUUCUUGGGGAACAGCAACUCCUAUGGAUGUUGUGAAAAGUCGCCUCCAGGCUGAUGGGGUUUAUUUAAACAAAUACAAAGGUGUCCUGGACUGUAUCUCCCAGAGUUACCAGAAGGACGGUCUUAAAGUAAGCCCCACAGCAGCCAUGCGGGGUCGGUGUCAGUCCCUGGAAGGUGUUUUUCAGAGGCAUCACGGUGAACGCUGUGCGGGGCUUCCCCAUGAGUGCGGCCAUGUUCCUGGGGUACGAGCUCUCGCUGCGGGCGCUCCGCAGGGACCACGCGGUGACCGGCCCCUGAGCACCAGAAAAAUGGAAAAAAGAAAUAAACUGAAAGAACAACAACAACAAAAACCCUGUAAUUCCAAGACCUUCCUAUUAUUCUUCCAAGUGGUUUUCUGUGUGCAGCCCAGCGCCAGGUCCUGCUUCCCACGACAUUGCGUAACGCUCUGCUGCUUAGCAGUCCAGGGCCAUUCUUCCAUGUCCUUAAGUCUUCAGCUCAAGGGGGUUUCAACGCCCAGACCUGGCAGAUCCAGAGUGGCUGGAUGCUUGCCGACAGCUGCACUCUGCCACUUGUGACCACCCUGGUGACUGGCUACUGCAGGAGGAAGGAAGGAGUUCCGAGCAAGCCAAGUCCUGACUGUUUUGGAUUUGGCCAUUCAGAACAGUGACCACCCCAACUGGAAGCUUUUCUUUCUGAAAGUACUCUGAACGUACAAGGGCACAGAUGUCUGUCUGUCUGUCUUUUCUCUGCUGGCAUGGGGAGGAGUCUGGUGCCUCUCAGCUGGGAUGAGGGGGUUGCCAUGACUUUUGGGGACACUCAUCUUAAACCAGCCUCACCCAAGGAGUUCAACUUCCUGCCCUAAUUCAAGGAAACCAAGACCCUCUAGUAAGUCCCGGAUUUGAACCUGCCUCGGAGCUCUGAGGUCUUGGAGAGGUCAUGGUCCAGGCCAGAGUAAUAGCUGCACUCUGACCGCAGGGAAACCAUGCUUCCCUCGCAGUCCAAACCGAGGAUGGACAGUGAGAUGAUGUUAGAGGACACCGGGGAGUGGUGGGCAGUGCUGGCCAGCAGUGGGGGGGACGGAGAACUGUACUCAGGCAAAUGGCCCUGCUCCGAGCAGCUGCAGCCUCCGUCCACCGACCAGACUCAGAGCCUUCCAGCCUCCCUGACGUCCCCGGGGAGAACACUUCUUUGUCACCUACUUGCUGGGUUUUUUGUCUCCAAGUCAACAUGUGAGAGCCCCGAGGACCGUUUGUGACUGAGUGAGCACAGCAUAAGGUGGUUGUUCUGUGAUGUGGUCGGUUUUCUCUGUUCAGCGGAGAAUCCAGAGUCAGAUAAUAUGAGGAAGGUGACCUCUGGUGAUAGAAAGGGGGUCCCAACCACUGGCCAGCACUCAGUUCUUGGGCUUGUCUGAGGCCCGUGAAGCCACGGGACGCGUUCCUGCCGGCCCCCACCCCGAUCCCCUGCCUCCAGAACCUUCCUGGAAUAAUGCUGUCCUGCCCCGUGCCCUGACUUUCAUGCUCUAAACUUCACUGGCCUACUUUCAAUUUCAGGAAAAUUCAUUUUCAAGGAACGAAGAUACAUUCUUCCCGCAUUUACAAGUAACCUGGACAGCCUCAUGGCCUUGUACCAGCCCAGGCUCACGGUGACAGUGGCUGGUUGCUGCUUCACUGAAACAGCUCCAAAUGGGUGGAAUGCCAGACCUCGCUGACUGAUAACCCCAGAUAGAUGAAGCCUGCUCUUUCCUCCUUUUUCCCCAGGGCCAGGGCUGGUGUCACCUGACCAGGGCCGCAUCCCCACAGCUGCAGGGAGGGUGUGGCCAUUCCAGAAGCUGUGAAUCUCAGAAUCCCUGCUCUGCUGAUGCCAAGCACUCUGUUCUGGUGCUCCGGGCCGGAGCCACCGAGCCGCUGCCUGGGAAGGACCAGUGCUCAGUCACUGUCUCUUUCAGAUCUGCACUGGCAUCUGGUAACAAGUGGGGCGACGUGGACCCUGCUCCCCAUGGCUGCUGUAAACUCCCUGGGAAUUCACAGAGGAGCUGGAGUUGUCUCUGAGUUUCCAAAUAAAAACACUGAAAACUUCUCCAGGUC